AAAUAUAAAAUGGUCAAUAAACAACGCGAACGCGCGUUUUGUAAAGCCGCUGUUUAAACAAUGUUAACCUCGAUUAUAGUAUUAUAAUUUUCUAGAUUAUGACUUGAAAUUCGAAUAUAGUGCACUAAAAUUUGCAAAAAUGAUAAGGGUCACAAAUCAAUUGGACUAUUUACGGUUAGCCGAACUCGACAAUGGUUGGGUGGAAGCAAUCUACUUUUCAGAGUUCCUCGAGUUUGGAGAGUUUCCUGAGCAAUAUGCACUUAUUCUGGAGAAUGUGGAAAUUCGGUCUGUGUUUCGUAAAAUUAUGUCAGGCGUGGACGAAUGGCUCAGCGACUCGAACAGUGACGAUGAGAAAUCAUGGGCCGUGUUAUCACGCGAGGUGAACCCUCGGAAAUUGCUAGCAUUUUUAGCCUAUUAUAUAGAUAAUGGGAGCAAGAAUAUUAUGUCUCACGAGCAGCGGAACACUGCUCUGCUGGCUGCGCGUGUGUACUUCAAGAUGUUGUCCAUCCCAGGAUACAAGGCCUAUCAUAUUUACCAUUCCCAGCUGUUUGCACAGUCCUUGGGAUGUCUCGGCUAUCCGAAAAUAUUAUGUGAAAACGAGGACAACUACUUCAAUUUGAAACAAUUGACCCGGGAGGUGAAUUCUGUGAUUAAAGAAGUAGCAUCAUUUGUCAAAGCUCUUAGAGCCGUUAUUGAAGGCUUGCAUUUGCACCCAACUGACAUGAAUUUUGAAGACAUUCUUAGUAACCUGGUGGAAUUUACUGGUGGUGCUAUCGUCAACAAACUUGAUAUAGACAAAAUAGAACUGGCCAACAUUUCUCAAGUUAUUUACGAGAUGAUAGAUAUACUGUUGUGUGACUCCAAUGGAGAUCCUAAACCAGAAGCUAUUCAGUUGUUGUUCAAAUGUCUGCUGCCAAAACUAGUAGCGGCCUCCGUUGACAACAAAAGUGCUAAUAAUUUAGUGCGAGCAUCAUAUGUGACCUACUCAGGUUUGAUACUGACCAAGUAUGGCAACUCAGCCCUUUCUGCUUUCAUAACUCUUCUACAACACCUCUGCUACACAUGUGAUGGUUUGGAGCGCGCAGAAGUCCGUUCAGCCCGCGUGUCACUAGUGAUUGGUCUGAUGAGUAUUCUACCGCAGAAGUCGUACCGCUUCAUUGUGCGCUGGAUCCUCAAGUUGUCCAACACGGCCAGAGUGUCGCACCGCCAAAUUGCGCUGGAAUUGAUAGCGCAGCUGUUAAACAAUGACCCAGAAGAAUCAGCCGCACUUCCACCUCUAACAGAACCAACAGCAGCUGUAUCGUCGCAAAAUCCAGAAACUGUUGCAUCGUCAACAACUCAACCAGAGGACUCUACAGCCGCUCCACCUAAUCAAGUUGAAGUCAACCAAAACUUGACAGCGAUAAACAUUCAGAUCACCUCCACACCUUUGCCGAAAUGUUACGUUAAGUUAUCAAGGUCUCCUGCCAUCGAAAAUGCAGCAAAAGAGGCAGCCAAUCAUGAUAAUCCCACUCCUGAACCAUCUGAUACUCAAAAUACACCACAGACUGAUGACCCGAUGCCAGCUGAACCUAUUCCUGGACCAUAUGGUGCUCAGAAUACACCACAGACUGAUGACCCAAUGCCAGCCGAACCUAUUCCUGGACCAUCUGGUACUCAGAAUGUAGCACCUAGCCCUGUGCCAGGUCCAUCAGGCCUUCACAUCAAUGAGUCAUCUCAAAGCACUGACUCAAUAGGACCACAGGUUUUUGACUCCGGGAUACAAGAUCCUACAGCUGGCCUUGACACGACUGCGACGAUUACAUCAUGUCGUUACUUAACAAUGACCAAUUGCCGGAUCUGCCCGGGCCUAUACCAGAGCUUGGUGAUAGAUCUACAAUUUGCUAUGUUUAACGAACUUAAUAGUCAAAUGAACGAAGCUAAUCCAGUCGAGCCGUCUACACCAGUCAAAGAGGUGCCUGUUGAACUAGCUACACCUGUUAAAGAGGGGGUAGUUGAACCAGCCACGCCUGUUAAAGAACAACCGAUUGAACCUACGCCACAAAAGAAAAAGGGUAAAAGUAAGAAAGGUCGAGGGAGCGCUGCGGAGGCUCCGGCACCGGAGCCCGUACCCGUGGACGAUGAGAGCAGCCAAGAACACAAUCCCGACAUAAUAGCCGAGGACGACACCGCAGGCCUGCUCCGACAGCGGCCGCACACAGUACCCCACGCGGAGCUAUUACGUGCCGUGUAUGAACGCGUGAACGACGUGUCGAGCACGCUUCGAACUCGAGCGCUCGCGUUACUUAGCGACUGUCUUGCUAGCGCUCGCCCGCCGUUACGAGAGGCAGUUUCUGAACUGAAUGGAUCUGGCGCAGUGUCUCGCCUCAUGGUGGUCGCGGCGCGGUGUGUGAGCGAUGAGCGCGCUGCAGUGCGUAAGGCGGCUGUCGCGUUAGUACAUCGAGAACUCAUCAACGGACCACCUCCACAGCCGAAUGAUCUUGGGAUUUUAGUAAGUUUGUGCCGAGACGCGAGUAUUAUCGUCCGUUCGGCGGCCAUCACUUCGCUCGGCGAGAUAGUCGUGAAGCGACCUAGCGACGACGUGUUGGACGCGUUUCUCGCUGGGCCCAUGCAUCAGAUGAGCGAUCCAGAAACCAAGGUGCAAGAGCUUAUAGUGAACCUGAUGCAGCAAGUAGCCUUCGACCGGCUCCAGAAACAGUCGGCUAUGACGGCUGAAAACCCGCUUCCGUGGCAGUUCCUAGCGGCCAUCACGAGGCACAACAUGCGUCGGCACCUGCAAAAGGCCUGCGUGCUGCUCGCCAAGACUUCCAAGUGCAUCAACCAUCGUGUCGUGGACGUAGUCAGCACCCAUCUCAAGGUCCAGGGCGACGAACGCGACCUACAAUGCCUAGUGCUGCUAACGAGCAUUGCACGACUAGUCGACUAUUCCGACGUCAACUUCAUACUGGACUACUACUAUAGCCUGGUUGACAAUACGCAGGGUCGUGACCAGCGCCUGAAGCCGCUGACGUUAGAACUUCUAACGCUGUGGUCGCGCUACUUGACGCCGGCCGCCCGCACGGCGCUCCGCGAGCAUCUUGCCGCGCGCCUCGCCACCGCCUCGGGAGAAGACGGUUGUCGAAUACCGAGCGCCACAUUGGCCGCGCAUUUGGAUCCAACCAACUUACAAUGGGCUAAUGAAUUGCUACAGCUGUCGGAGAAACGAGCUCUAAGUGGCGGCGGUGUGUCGGAAUGGGUCCGUGCAGCGGACUUGUCGCUGGUGGCGCCCUCUCCGCCCUCGCCCGCGCUACUCAAUUUGUUCCUCACCGCGCUGCAGGACCCUCCCCCAGAAUGGACGGCGGCGUCCCACGGCGCGGCGGUGGCGGGGCUGGGGCGGCUGUGCGUGCGCUCGCGCGCCGCCGCCGCCGCCGCCGCGCCCGCGCUGGCCGCCCUCCUGCACUCCGGCAAGCACGCGCUGCAGGCGCGCGUCAACGCGCUCUUAGCGCUCGCCGACGUGUGCGUCAGAUACACCAACAUUGUGGAGCCGCUGCUCGGCUCGGUGGUUCACAUACGACACUACCUCCCACUUGUCCUCAGGUACUGCGCGUUGCUCGCGGAUUCGGACGCCGACGUACGCGAACCGGUCGAGUACUACCUGUCGAGCUGCCUCACUUCCGACGCUAUCUACCACCACUUCGUCGACUGCAUCAAGCACUAUAACAGCUCCCGAUCAGAGAGCAUAUCGUUCGACGCCCGCCAGCUGAUAUACGACGUGAUGCUACAGCGGUUCUCCAUCGUCCAGAAGCUCAACGUGCAAUGUCGACUGGCGAGAGAGGUGCUUGAGAACGCCGCUGAAUGGAUAGAAGAGAACGGCGAGGAGGACAAACCGGGGGGGCCGACGUUCGAGCCCGACAUGGCCGCCACGCUGCUCGACACCAUCACUCUGCUCUGCGGGACCCGCAUGAAGCUACCCAAAAAACCUGACAAAACUGGCGAUGUAGCCGACAUAGACGACCUCCAGGAAAGAGUCACUACUAACAUCGUGUCUCAUAAAAUGAAGCGCACCGUAGCGGAGGUGUUAGUGCCGGCCGUGCUCCGGUUGCACGCCAAGGUCAAGUACGGGCAGAUCUCCACGUACCUCGUGCGCAUCGCCAACGAGCUGCUCGUCGACUACCGGCAGGAGAUCUCGGAGCUGAUCGAGAACGACGAGACGCUCGUGGAGCGCAUGAAGGUGUUCCAGGAGUUGAUCGGCGUGGACAACAUGCCGGUGUGCGGCAACACGCGCAACCUCGUCACCAGCUCCGCGCCGCCCGAGCCCGACACCCCCCGCGCGCGCCGCCGCCCCGCGCGCGCCCCGCGCCCCGCCCCGCCGCGCAAGCGCGCGCUGCGGGUGUGA